CCUGAGUCUGACACCGCCGUCAGGAGGAUUUUAGACACUGGAUGUUUAAAUGACAUCAUGUUGCAUCGAUCAUGAGUCUGAUAAUCAUAACGGAUAUUAUUAUUAAUAAUAAUAAUCUCCGGCCUCUGACGCUCAUACUGAUGACUCCAAUAGAUGCAGUUCCUUCUCAGGACAUGUUUGGUUUUGGCUCAUUGUCCCGCUCAGAGCAGAGGGAGGGACAGUCUGUCCUUUCACAGGACAAGAAUAAGAAAAUAGAUCUGCUUCAUUCACGGUGUCUGAGCAGCUGAAUCAACGUUUAAAAACGGAAGUUAAGUUUACAGUUGUGAGACGCAUGCGCAGCCUUCACUUAAAAAAGUAGCCAAUGCGAUGCGAGCGGCAGCACAUUGACAUUUGCAUAAUGAAUACAGAUAAAAGCCGCGCAGACACGGUCUACAUCAUUAGCUAUUAGCUUCAGUAGAACCAGCUAAGGAACCAUGCCUGAGACUGUCAGGGCCCCGAAGAAAGGCUCAAAGAAAGCCGUGUCUAAAGCCACCAAGACCGGCAAGAAGAAGAGGAAGACCAGGAGGGAGAGCUACGCCAUCUACGUCUACAAGGUCCUAAAGCAGGUCCACCCCGACACCGGGAUCUCCUCCAAGGCCAUGCUGAUCAUGAACUCCUUUGUCAGCGACAUCUUUGAACGCAUCGCCGGUGAGGCCUCCCGCCUGGCUCAGUACAACAAGAGAUCCACCAUCACCUCCAGGGAGAUCCAGACCGCCGUCCGCCUCCUGCUGCCCGGUGAGCUGGCCAAGCACGCCGUGUCCGAGGGAACAAAGGCCGUGACCAAGUACACCAGCUCCAAGUAAACCUGCUCCAAGUAAACCCACACACCAGAUACACAAAGGCUCUUUUCAGAGCCGCACACCUCCACCUGAGAGCAGCUCCUGGUUCCUCACCACCACCGUCUCAGUUUAAUGAGCUGAGAACAGGUUUUAUUUAACAAAACGGGCUGGGGUCAUGUGAGCUGAACUUUAACCUCAUCUGUUUGUUUUAAUGAACAUAACCUUCAUAUGAUCCACCAUGACACGCUCAGUCUCAGCUGCUUCAGUGGUUAAUGAAGGAACCUGAUGCUUUUAUUACAUUAACACAGCCUGACAGUCUACAGCACGUUUGUACUCUACACUUUACAGUUAAAUUAUAUUCAUGUGCCUUGUAAAUAUAGUUAUUUAUUUACUUUACUCUCACUUCUACUUUUCUGUCUUCUUCUUUGGUUACCAUCACUGUCAUCAUCCUCACCUGCCAUCAUGACUAAUGCUAAAAUAAAUAUUUGUCCACUGA